ACCGAAACGGGAUUAUGCUCUUCCUCUACACUCUACACUCUCAGUCUACUCUCAUCCAUGGCGCUGCGAGUCCAUGUCUCGGUUUCUUAUCCUCUCGCUGCUGCAGACCCCCACAUUCCUAUCCAAUCCAUUGAGUUCCUCUCAUUCCGUCGGAAUUCUAACCUUUUUCGAUCACAGUAUCUGCAAUUUCAUCAUCAAAUUCCUGGUCGUAGAACCAGAUUUGGUAGAAACGUGAGAAUCUCCUGUUAUGCGAAAACCGGAGAAGCAAUUCAGAAUUCUGAGAAUGUGAAGGACAGAAGUAUCUCGGUUGUCCUUCUGGCCGGGGGAAAGGGGAAGCGAAUGGGUGCAAGCAUGCCGAAGCAAUAUCUUCCACUCCUAGGUCAACCAAUAGCUUUGUAUAGUUUCUAUACUUUUUCACGCAUGAUGGAAGUGAAGGAAAUUGUUGUAGUUUGUGAUCCAUCCUACAGGGACAUCUUUGAAGACACGAAAGAUAAGAUUGCAGUAGACCUUAAAUUCGCAUUGCCUGGGAAGGAGAGACAAGAUUCUGUGUUCAGUGGACUUCAGGCAGUUGAUGUUCAGUCUGAGCUUGUAUGCAUCCAUGACUCAGCAAGGCCUCUGGUAUCAUCUAGAGACGUCAAGAAGGUUAUUAAUGAUGGUUGGCUGAAUGGAGCUGCUGUCCUUGGAGUUCCUGUUAAAGCUACAAUCAAAGAGGCAAAUAGUGAGUCAUUUGUGGUAAGAACUCUGGACAGGAAAACACUUUGGGAAAUGCAGACCCCACAGGUCAUAAAACCUUCAUUGCUUAGAGAAGGUUUUGAGCUUGUCAACAAAAAAGGACUUGAAGUCACUGAUGAUGUUUCUAUUGUUGAGCACCUUAAACAUCCUGUAUACAUCACUGAAGGAUCCUACACAAACAUCAAGGUUACAACUCCAGAUGAUUUACUACUUGCUGAGAGGAUAUUAAGCAUCAAUUCAGGAGAACUCAAGUAAAAGGUCAUUACCCAAUGUUGUUCCUGGUUCUCAAAGGUCUUGGAAGGGGUGGACCGGAUGUGGACCUAGCAUUUGGCAUUUUUUGCAUAAAGCGCCUGCUCUCAUACACACCCACAAAAUCACACUUAUCAGCCCAAAAUUUUACCAUUGUACCAAGCAAUGACCUUUAUUUAAACUCAAAAGUAAAUAUUAUUGUUCUUGAUCCCUCUUUAAGGGAUUCUUGAUAAAAGGUAAAGACCUUUCUCCUC